AGUGAAGGUUCUGCUAUGGAAGGGCUAGUAACGUAGGAUCCGAACUCUCGAACUUUACGGUCUUUUCGACAGUGUUCCCGGAUGAACGAUUAAAUCAGAGUAAAAUGAACGAUAAUCCAGCGAUUGAUUUGAGUGGCGAAUUCGAGAACCGGAAUUACAAGAGCUGUUUCGCGCGAUCGAUGGCGGUCAAUUCGCAACAAAAGCACCCCAAGUUCUCGGAUUUCAAAGGUACCGGGCUAGCGGACGCCGGCGCCAAGACGGACAGCGACGCCGGGCGCCGGUACGCCUUUCAGAGCAAGGAGAACGACGAGGUGAAAUUCCGGCGGAGUCUUCGAAAUACAACGGAUGAAAGUCGCCGGUACUCCUGCGGCAAUUUGUACAGCUCAAUCAGGAGAACUUCUAAUAGAAUAACGGAAAUACCAGUAGAAAACAUGGUGAAUCAGUUAAAAUUGGAUACGUUAGAAUGGCAACUAAAAGAGAUUCAGAAGAGCCGCGAAAUGUACAGAGCAGUCAUGAAGCAAAUCGUAACCUACCUUGAAAAAGCUCACCACAGCCUCAAAUUGCUAGGAAGCCGGACAAAUCGCAGGAACUCCGUGCAGAGAUCCAAAAGUGAGCAUUUCAUGGAACUGAGCAGGAUCAGCGACACAUCCACGAUUAGUAACAACCCCAGCAGAACCUUGGACGAGCACAAAAUAAAAGACCUCCAGUGGCAGCAAUCCAAACCCGAGGAACCGUCCCCGGACGAAAUCCCGCCGGAGAAGCUGGCCCACGAGGCGUUCAGGCUCCUGCGGACCGCUCAAUCGUUGUUGAACACGCGCGAGCCUGACCUGGCGCAGGUGCCGUCCUGCCAGCCGGCCAACGACAUCGAAUUCCUGGAGCAGCUGGCCAAGGAGUUCCCGCCGCCGGAGGCCAAGCCGCAACCGCAGCGGGCCACGUCCUUCUCGCUCAGCCCCAAGCUGAUCGUGCCCGAGGCGGAGAGCAAGAUCUCCACGGCGUUCAAUAGGAAGCUGUCGUUGCAAUUGAGCGACGUGAGGAGGACGACGUCAAGGAUUAGCAGGAGCGCCGAUUCGACGCGCGGCUCCGUCGCUGAAAGCGAUACCGAUCCGAGUAACGAAAUAGGGUUGUUCUGUACGAGGGCUAAAGUUAAAUCCGAUAAGUCGAAUUCGCCUGGUGCGGGGAGCAUCAGCUCUGUGGAGGACGAGAGCGGGUUUUCGUCGAUGAAUUCCUUCCAGGAAAUCGGGUUGCCCUUAGUUAAUUCACUCAUGACGGAAGAGGUAUCGACGAAGAAGGCUCUGUUACGCAGCAUGUUGCAGAACAAUUCGCUGAAUUAUUCCCUGGGUGAAAACGGGCCGGCGGAAGCGAAAGAGGAGCAGAAAUCGGUGGAUAAUAUAAAAUUGUGGCAGAAGCCGGGCAACGUGGCGGCUUCGACUCCGCCGCAACACAGAAGGUGGAGUUCGACUCCGAUCAAGGAAGUGGACCCUCAAAGUUUGAAAGUUCUGUGGGUGUAACGCCGCGCAAUCGUGUAUUAUAGGAUAUUAUUUUUACAGUAUUUAAUUAUUUAAUAACUAGAUAUUUUAUAGAUCGAUUUUUACGUGUAGGUACUUAAAUGAAGGGCCAUUUUUUUAUAAUAUUCAUAAAGCAAAAACUGUCUGCUUCGACGAUGAUUGAUUGUAAGAUAUAAACGCAAUUUUAUUUUUUUGUGAUACGUAAUCUUUUUAAAUUUAAUUAGAUAAGUUUUAUGUAAUUGAGUUGAAACGUUUGUAAUCUCCUGGAAAGAAGGAAUGUGCAAACUUUGAGAUGCAUGUUCGUUGAAUUAAAGACGAGACUCAAAAACCAAACAAAUUUAUUGUGACAAAAUAAAACAAAUAAAUUUGUACUAGAAUUUCAUUUUAGGGAUCCCAAUUGUGUGUUUAUGCUAAAAAUAAAACUAGAAAUACGUGAAAAUAUUUGACGUAAACUAACCAGAGGUUAAUAGAGAAAAAAUUAUCGACUACAAAAAAAGGAAUUUCUAAAAAACUUUUUAUCUUGCUCUAUCUUUGUUAAUGUUUAACGACGGAGAAACUGUUUAGAAAUUCAAUUUUCGGUAAUAAACCCUUCUCUUUUUGGACAUAUAAACGUAGGAUUAUUCACAGAAAUCGUUAUUUCAUUAUAGAAUAGAUAAAAAAUACGGCAUUUCAUAACUUUUUUAUUUUUUUACACAAAUUUAUUUAAAAGAGAUCGUAUAAAAUAUUGCACAAACGAUUUCUGUGAACCACCCUAGAUGAAUAAACACUUAAUCAACAUUAAAAACAAUUUCAUGAUAAAAAAAAUGGACAUCAGCGGUAAGUAUUACAAAAUAAAUAUUUAUUGGUUUGGAUACGAUUCGAUAUUUAUGUACAGUUAAACAAAAAAAACUAGAAUU